GCAAAAAACCUCUUUAUAAAUCGUGAAUAAAUAAUAGAUGCUUAAUUAAUUGUAGCUACCAUAACUAGCGUCAGUUCAUUUCUGCUAAAGAAAACACACACGCAAACGAAUUAAAAGGGAAAACAUCGGAGGAGUGUGUCGCGAAUCUAAUGAAACCGCUUUGGAAACAAUAGCCAUUUUUGUUUGAAUAUACGCUUUGCAUUGUAGUAUUUAGGCGAAAAAGAAGUGCAGCUUUAUUUCAAGUGAGUGAGUGAGAGAGAGAGACUGAGAGAAUGAAUUAUGCAAAGAUCCCCUUCCACACCGCAGAAUAGGGAUUUGGAUCUUUUAAAUUGAAGUGAAAUUGGGUUAGAAAAGCGACAUGAGCUGCUUCUCGUGCUUUGUUUCUCGCGCCAAAGAUGCCAGCAGAGUCGAAAUUGACACUGGUUCUCGAUCUGCUUCCUCAGGCUCUGGUGGAGGGAAAUACACUGCUGCUACUGAGAGUGAAAGGAGGAAGAAGGAAUCGUAUUCGGAGGGGAAGGGGAAGAGUACGAGUAAUGGGAAAAGCAGCACGGCGGCGGCGAGCUUUGGAUUCCGAGAGCUGGCGGCGGCAACACGGGGUUUCAACCAAGUCAAUUUGAUCGGUGAGGGCGGUUUCGGACGCGUUUACAAGGGUCGCCUCUCUACUGGCCAGGUUGUUGCCAUAAAGCAGUUAAGUCAUGAUGGUCAUCAGGGCUUUCAGGAAUUUGUGAUGGAGGUUCUUAUGUUAAGCCUUCUUCACCAUUCUAACCUUGUCAGGCUCAUAGGUUAUUGCACCGAUGGAGAUCAAAGGCUUUUAGUUUAUGAGUAUAUGCCUAUGGGUUGCCUUGAAGAUCAUCUCUUUGAUCCUCCCCAAGACAAAGAACCACUAAGUUGGAGUACACGGAUGAAGAUUGCUGUUGGGGCUGCCCGAGGCCUUGAGUAUCUCCAUUGUAGAGCUGAUCCGCCAGUUAUUUAUCGAGACUUGAAGUCUGCAAAUAUCUUAUUAGACAAUGAAUUCAAUCCCAAACUGUCAGAUUUUGGGCUUGCUAAACUUGGACCUGUUGGAGACAAUACCCAUGUUUCAACAAGGGUGAUGGGAACAUAUGGCUACUGUGCACCAGAAUAUGCCAUGAGUGGCAAAUUAACACUUAAAUCUGAUAUAUACAGCUUUGGCGUGGUUUUGUUGGAGUUGAUCACUGGGCGUAGGGCAAUAGAUAGUAGCAGAAGACCAGGGGAGCAAAACUUAAUUUCAUGGGCUCGCCCAUGUUUUGGGGACCGGAGAAAGUUCAUACAAUUGGUUGAUCCCCUUUUGCAAGGGAACUUCCCCUUGCGCUGUUUACAUCAGGCAAUUGCCAUUACUGCAAUGUGUCUACAGGAGCAACCAAAAGUCCGGCCGCUAAUCGGUGAUAUUGUUGUUGCAUUGGAGUACCUAGCCUCUCAGAGUAUCCCUGAACAUCAUAGACAGAACCCACCAUUGCAAUAUUCAGAAAUCGACAGAAGUUAAUUUCGGUUGGUAUCAGAAGGUAGAUUGAGUUCGAUUUCUGUUAAUGUUUAGUAAAGAUUUACUUACUGGUUUGGUUGGUGUAUGCUACAAACUUGUACCUAUUUUGAAAGUCAAGCAUUAUUUCUUUAGUUAAACUUAUUGCCA